CUCAGUCACUCUCUUAAUUUUUUCCGAAGAAAACAAGAAAAUGGAGCUCUGUACAUUCCAAGCGGUUCUCAACCUACCCCUUGAUGCCCACCACCACCACCACCACCACCGGAGACACAGAUUCUUGGCCGCCACUCCUGCUCCUGAGACCAAAACCUCCCUCUCUUUCAAGCAGGCUUCGGCUAGUUGCGCCAUCCGCCGCCUCCUUAUCCACCGGGUCUUGUUGCCAAGGGCAACAACCGAGGAAACAACUGAAACAAGUAAGUUUGUUGAAGAAGAGGUUGAUGGUGUGAUUACUGUGGAAGAUGUUGCUUCUGAGAAGGAUGGAUAUAGUGAAACUUUUUUGAAUGGAGAGCCUAAAUUAGAGGCCCCUUUGGAUCAGCAGAUACAGAUGAAUGAGUUUUUGGAGAAGCUGAACAUCAAGCUUGGCACUGAAGAUGCUUAUCCAAUUCUCUUGUAUGGGAGUGGUGCUCUGGUAGCUUUAUGGUUAGCAUCAGUGGUUGUUGGUGCAAUUGAAUCCAUUCCAUUGUUUCCUAAGCUAAUGGAAGUUGUUGGUCUUGGAUACACAGUCUGGUUCAGCUCCCGCUAUCUGCUAUUCAAGGAAAACAGGGAUGAGUUGGCUGCUAAAAUUGAAGAGCUUAAGCGGCAGGUUCUUGGAUUAAGUGAUGAUUGAUAUGCAGGGUUGGUUUGAUUUACAUUGUUCUUUAGUUUAAUACAUCGAAUAUGAAAUGUAGAGCUAAUGUUCUCCAGAUGAUAUUUAGGCUGCAGGUUGUUAUACAAAUAUGUGAAUAAAUAGACUAUAGUCAUAGCAAUGAAAUUUUUAUAUCAUU